GCUUCUUAAAUAGUUAAUAAGACAUGUUUUAAAAAACGUGAGUUUCUCUUUGUCUCAUUCGCAUUAUGUCUUGAAACAUAAAGGAAAUCGGUGCCGCUGUAAUAAGUACACCGAAGUCAAAUUGUUUCGGGCCACUUCCGCGUCUUUGCCUAAAAAAAUUGCUCGCCGCGAUAAAUCCUUCCAAGUGUCCGCGAACAAUCGGGGGCGACGGGGGUGCGCGAUCGCGAGUGUGCCGGCCAAGUUCAAGUGCGGUCGGCCGUCAACGCCGGCGAACUUUCAAAGUCCAUCCAGGCACCAGGACCGACCAGGUGGGGAUCCAUACGGUGGUAGACCGGAUCACCGGGUAUAUAAAGCGGUCGCGAUCAACACCGCACAUCAUCAGUCUCGCUUUGGUCGAUUCAAACCAACCAAAUCUACUCAAGAAUGGCGUUCAAGUUGCUCGCUUUUGCCGCCCUCGUGGCUAUCGCCAACGCCGGUGUUCUCGCACCUGCCGCAUCCUUGGCUUACGCCGCGGGCCCCGCGGUCGUCGCCGCCCCCGUCGCCAAGGCCGUCGACGCCGACUACGACCCGCAUCCUCAGUACAGCUACGCCUACGACGUGCACGACAGCCUGACCGGCGACGCCAAGAGCCAGCAGGAGACCCGCGACGGCGACCUCGUUCAGGGUAGCUACUCCCUCUUGGAGGCCGACGGCACCAGGCGCAUCGUCGACUACACCGCUGACCCAGUCAACGGAUUCAACGCCGUAGUCCGCAAGGAGCCUGCCGCCGUUGCCGUGAAGGCCGUUGCCCCAGUCGCCGCCGCCCCCAUCGCACACGCCGCACCCCUCGCCUACGCCGCCCCGGUCGCCAAGAUCGCCGCACCUGUAGCACACGCUGCCCCUCUGGCCUACGCCGCCGCCCCGAUCGCCAAGCUCGCCGCACCGGCCGUCGCGGCUGCUCCUCUCGCCUACGCCGCUCCCUUUGCCAAACUGGCCAGCCCUAUCGCGGCUGCACCCCUCGCUUACAGCGCGUCUCUAGCUAAACUUGCACCCGCUGCAUCUCUCGCCUACGCCGCGCCCGCUGCACCUCUCGCCUACGCCGCGCACGCCGCACCCCUUGCCUAUGCCGCGCAAUACCACCCUGCGCAAUAUGCGUACGCGGCGCACGCAGCCCCCAUCGCCAAGAUCGCUGCCGCACCAGCCUACUCCUACGCCGCCCCAGCUGCCUACAUCCACUAAUCAUGUUGACCGCGCCAAUCACAUUGUCGACUCAAUCCGAACUUAUUUAUUUUUAUAACAUGUAUAUGUCUUUCUAUGUGACUGAUUAAAGAAAUUACACACAUA